AUGCAGCCUCUGCGCUGCACCUGCAAGCAUGCUCAGCCAUGGAAGAUCCAGGGAAUCCAGGGGCCCCAUCCCAUUGUUGGCGGUCCGCCUGCCUUGCGUAUCUUGUGUGCCGAGAGCGAACAAAACCAGAGAGUGAGAUCUCUGGAACGAACUUCAAUGUGUUUUGGCUUCGCCUGCUUCAAACGUUCCAGACGGCGGGGACGUGCCUUGGUAGCGAAGGCCGUGAGCUCCGAACUGCCUGGCACGGACCUCCUGUCCACCGCGCCACCCUUGGAGAAUGGAGGGGCGAAAUUGGCGAGGGUGCGCCGCCUGCUUCUUGCGGACCCGCGCAACGAAGCGCUGGACCUGUCAGACUGCAGGGAGCCACCCUUUUCUGACGAUGACUUGCGUGAGGCGUGGCACGAGCUACAGGUCGGUCACGUGGACGAAGCCCGGGAGCUCUUUGUGAGGGCUGUAUUGUCGGACCCCGCCGAUGCAGAAGCUUUAUUUUGCAUGGGCUUGCUAUACGAAUCUCUGCAUGACUUGAUGCGCACGGUGCAGUGGAUGGACAUGGCUAUCGAAGCCUUCCCUGACCACAUCUUCGCUUGGGAAACGCGCUCGCGCUGCAUGGAGCACCUGGGUCACCUGGCUGAGGCCCUGGCAGGCUACGAGCAUUUGGAAGUGUUGGAUCCCAGUGCCACCGGGCGACGGGAGGGUCUGCUCGGACAUCAGCGUGUCUACAUCCUGCCCGUGGGAGCAUGGGAGACCUGGGAGCAUGGGGCAGCCGAGUACAUCCGGAGAGCUGCAAAAGAGGAGCCUCGACGAUGGCAGGAGAACUUUGUGAGGCCACAACCCGAGACGGAGCUGCUGCAGCCCGCGCUGGAAUCUGGGAUCGUGGCUUGGGACGACGUGUUAAGUGACGGCCUGGUACAGAAGCUGCAGGAGUGUGUGGAGGAUCACUUCCAGUUCAUCUUUACGAACCGUUGGGUCUACGCAGCCGACGACGACUUUCCGGGUGCAGCUUCGACCAUGUGGCUUCCGGGCUCCGAAGGCGCCAAGACUGUGCCAGAAGUUGCUGCUCUCACCAUCCUCCGGCACAUCUUGCAGCAGGAGCCAGGUGAAUUUGCAGGGGUGGAAUAUUGGGCGAGGGUGCGGUCUGUGAACCUCGGUGCUGGUUUUCAUUACGACGAGGCCGUGGAUGCAGAUGCGAACUCAGAGUGGGUCCACGGCAACCCUUGGCGGCCUCAAUGGUCGAGCGUCUUCUACCUCACAGAUGAGGGAGGCCCCACUGUGGUGUUGGACCAGCUCCAUGACCAUCAAGGCCGGCUAACGCCGGCCCUGCCUCGGAAGGCCUAUCUCAGUAUGCCUCGUACAAACCGCCUGGUCAUCUUCCGUGCAGACCUGCACCACGGCAGCCUCCCGGUAGACAUCUGGUUAGACACCAAGCAGACGCGCAGGGUUUUUGUCUUCAACUUCUGGCGUCGCCACGCCCCAGAACCGCCCCAUUGCCAGCGCUUGGAUUUCAGGAAGCACCCGGCCAUGCAGCGGCACAUCCUCACAGCGGAGGAGGCGGCUGCACUGCAGGCCAUCGAAGCCAGCCGGCUACAAGAACAGGGACCAACCCCGGUGGAGCAAAAGGUGUUGUCUCGACCUGAGGAGCUGCCACACAGCUCGGACUUUGGAUAUCUCUCGGUACCUCUUCCGAUGCCCACUAUGGCAACACUCAAGGAGGGAAGCUUGUUCUACAAAGUGGACUGGCUAGCGGCUGCGCAGGAAGAUGUCAGUUGA